AUGCGUGUCACGCUAAACGCCGCCACCGGGGUGAGCCCAGCUGUGGUGAUUGUUUUAACCCUGUCCACUAUUAUCCCUCCGUGCCUGCCGUGUUUGAUCUCCGGUGUGCCGAUUGCCGAUUCCAUUGGGGCGCUACUCACCCAUAUCGGUAGCCCUCUGAAGGUGACCUUCUUCGCCGACUGCUGGACAGAUGAGCAACGAUUAAAUUUGGGCAAAAUCGUGUUGCGUAAGCACCUUUGGCAGUUCGUGCCGCGGGUCGCGGACAUUGAUGAUCAGCUACGGGCAUGGCGCACGGUUCUGGACGACGAUAUGACGAGCCAUCAGACCAUGGUAGUUGUAGAUUUGAAAUGCAACGCAACGGGGCGGUUCCUGCGAGAGGCAGAACAUCAGUUGUACUUGAACUUUCGCUGGUUACUGGUUGACACUGAGGCACUGGAGGGACCGAACGUGGCGGUGGCGAGCCAACUGGAGCGCUACUUCGGCGUACUCCAACCGUGUCCCGUGCUGCUGAGUAGUGAGGUGUUUUUGAUGAUGCCGGAAUCGGAGCAAGCGAUUCUGUUCGCCCAAGUUUACAGGGUGUCCCGCGAUGCUGAGUUGCGUGUAGAGGACUACGCGCGUUGGAGCGCAACCCGAAUGGAGGAACUACGAACGGAGAAGGUGACCUCCGUGAGGCGUAAGAACUUGUACGGCCACCAGCUGCGGGCCUCGAUGGUGAUUACCAAUCCCGACACCAUCCACCAUCUGACAGACUAUAAGGAUAAGCACAUCGAUACGAUCACUAAGGUGAACUAUUUACUCACAAAUUGCCUGGCCACGUAUCUCGGAGCGACGGUCAGCUACUCGCAGGUGUCCACCUGGGGCUACUACAACGCCACCACGCGCCUCUGGGAUGGUAUGAUCGGUGAGCUGGUGCACGACACGGCCGAUCUCGGCGCCUCGCCCCUGUUUCUCACCACCGAUCGUACCUCUGUGAUUCAGUACCUGGCCAUGACUUCGGCCACACGUUCGAAGUUUAUCUUUCGCUCCCCGAAGCUUUCCUACACCGAAAACGUGUUCCUCCUUCCGUUCGACAACGAUGUGUGGGCUUGCGUGAUCGCUGUCAUCGCGUGCUCGUCAGUGCUGCUGCUCGUCGCACUGUGGGGCGAAUGGAGACUUGCCGGACCCAACGCUCAACUGAUGGCCACCGAUCCUGCGACGCUGACGCCAAGCUUUCGCGACGCCCUACUCAUGACGUACGGAGCGUCCUGCCAGCAGGGUUCGUCGGUGCUGCCACGAAACUGUUCCGCUCGGCUCAUUACACUGCUCACGUUCAUCGUGCUCAUGUUUCUGUACGCCAGCUACUCGGCCAGCAUUGUCGCCCUGCUGCAGAGUCCAUCGACGAAGAUUCGGUCGCUCGAGGAUCUACUGGCCUCGCGGCUCAAGUUCGGUGUCCACGAUACCGUGUUUAAUCGGUACUAUUUUACGCACGCCACGGAACCGACACGCCGGGCGAUCUACGAGCGUAAGGUAGCGCGGCCCGACGGCGGACCGGCGGCGUUCCUGGAGCUGGAACAGGGUAUCGACCGGAUACGCCAGGGACUGUACGCGUUCCACGUGGAGCAGGGCGUCGGUUACAAGGUGAUCGGGGAGACGUACCAGGAGGACGAAAAGUGCGGUUUGCAGGAAAUUCAGUUCCUGCAGGUGGUCGACCCUUACUACGCGAUCCAAAAGAACUCGUCGUUCGAGGAGCACAUCAAAAUCGGACUGUUUCGCCUGAACGAGCACGGUAUCCAGUAUCGAGAAAACGCGAAGCUGUACACCAAAAAACCCCGCUGCUCCGGCGGUGGCGGCAAGUUCGUUCCCGUCAGCCUCGUGGACGUGGAGCCCGCCGUUUGGAUUAUUCUCUGGGGAGCCGGCUUGGCGAUGGGUUUCUUUCUGCUGGAGUACCUCUACCACCGCACCCGGGCACGAUGCGCACCCGAGUGGUGCCGUACGGCUCGAGAUUCGAGACGCGAAUGGUGCCCUUGGUAA